CCCUCGUGAGAAACUCUGCACGUGUUCGUGUUGUAAACAUUAGGUGUUACAAAGUUGCUCGGUUGAGCGAGAAAAAAAAGGUGCAGCUGAAGCUGUCGUGAACAGCGUUUCCUCUUCGUGUUCGUCCGUGGCUCCCCCCUCGGAUUAUUUCUGCGAACCGCCCCGUUCACUCAUUUGAGGAGAGAAGCCGAUGACUUUCUUCUUCAUGCUCGCUUCUUGAUGGACGUUUUCAAACUUGACAGAUGGAGAGUGAGAUGAAGAGGAGGAAAUACUCCACCAGCAGCAACGACUCGGACACCACCGACAGUCACGUGACCACCUGGUCAGGGUCUUCAAAGAACACAGGGACCAGCAGCACAUGGAUACGCCAUGAGCAGAAGAAACCGUCCGAGGUGUUUCGGACCGAUUUUAUUACAGCCAUGAAGUUGCCUGAUUCAGCUCAACUGAGCCCAGAGGAGUUUUACUUCCUCUCCGACCCCUGGAGGCAGGAAUGGGAGAAGGGUGUUCAGGUGCCAGCUAAUGUGGAAGCCAUCCCUGAGCCUGUAGUCAGGAUGCUUCCAGAGGUCAAUCGAAUCCCAUUCUUUUCACCGAUCCAAGCCAGGGGUCAGUCAGAGUUUGGCUUCGGAGAGCCACAUGGUCUCACUGAGUCGUUGAGUUGUUACAAUCUUGAUGAUCUGGAUGUGACCUGGCUUGAACUGGUUAAUGCUGAAUUUAGACAACUAGCACUUCCAGAGCUGGAGGAGCUGACCAUGGAGCAGGUCGUGGUGGAGCUGGAGAACCAGUGUCAGCAGAACAUGAAGCAGGCCAUCGAGACUGAGGAGGGUCUGGGCAUCGAAUACGACGAGGACGUGGUUUGUGACGUGUGCCGCUCACCUGAGGGCGAGGACGGCAAUGAGAUGGUCUUCUGCGACAAAUGCAACGUUUGUGUGCAUCAGGCGUGUUACGGGAUCUUGAAGGUGCCGCAGGGUAACUGGUUGUGCCGAACCUGUGCCCUCGGAGUGCAACCCAAAUGUCUGCUCUGUCCCAGGAGAGGAGGAGCUCUGAAACCCACACGCAGCGGAACCAAGUGGGUCCACGUCAGCUGUGCCUUAUGGAUCCCCGAGGUGAGCAUUGGCUGCCCUGAGAAGAUGGAGCCAAUCACUAAAGUGUCCCACAUCCCGGCCAGCCGCUGGGCCUUGUCCUGUGGUCUGUGUCGUGAACACACAGGCACAUGUAUACAGUGCUCCAUGCCAUCCUGCAUCAUGGCCUUCCACGUGACCUGUGCGUUCGACCACGGACUGGAGAUGUGCACCACACUGGCAGAGAACGACGAGGUUUGCUUCAAAUCGUACUGUCUAGAGCACAGCAGCGUCUUGCGCUCCAAAAACGGCGGGAAUGUGGACAGACCCGAAACACACCACGCUGUCUCCGAUCUGUCGGCGACACAUUUGGAUCGUUUGAAGCAGGACCAAGCAGAACAGGAGAAAGCCAGCCAACGCAAGCAGAAGCUGCAAGAGCUUGAAGAUGAGUUUUAUAGAUUCGUGGACCCCAAGGAAGUCGCAGAAAGCCUUUCUCUGCCAGACGCUCACGUGGACUUCCUCUUCCAGUACUGGAAGCUGCGACGAAAGGCCAACUUUAACCAGCCACUGGUGGCCAUCAAGAGAGAUGAGGUGGACAAUCUGGCCCAGCAGGAGCAGGAUGUUUUAUAUCGCCGUCUGAAGCUCUUCACUCACUUGCGUCAGGAUCUCGAGAGGGUCAGAAACUUGUGCUACAUGGUCACACGCCGAGAGAAGAUCAAACACUCUUUAUGCAACCUGCAGGAGAAGAUCUUUACCUUGCAGAUUCAGCUCUUAGAGAAGAACCUGAUUGGAGACAAAACUCGGAGAGGGGAGAAGAUUAAUCGCAAUGGAGUCAGGGAUCGAGUGAGAGAAAGAAGGAAAUGUAGUCCAGAAAAGAAAGACAAAUGGAGAUCAGACGACAAAUAUCUAUUCACACAGUUGGGUUUCUCCAAAUCCUUCCCGCUGGACGGCUCGCUGUUUGACAGCUGGCUGGCUCAGUCCAUUCACAUCACAGCAGAUAACAUGCUGAGCCAGUGGUCUCUGUCCGGAGAGAAGGGCCAUCCGUCCGUUAGCCUCCUGUCAGACCAGCUCCUGCAGGGCGAGGAGAGCCUGCUCAGCCUCAUGAUGGACCACUCCAUCAAGUCCACCUGGAAGACGCCCCAGCUGGGCCGCAAGCCGAGAGGAGCGCAGCGCAGCCGCAGGAAACCAGUCUCGCUCCCGAGAAUCGGCUCCGCGGUUAGAGCCAAGGCAGAGAGAGCAGGUCAUGUUCAGCAUCAUCACACCCGCAGCAGCGAUGGCAGACCGGACCUUCUGCAGCCAGCCAUAUCCAAAAUGGACUCGUGCCACAUUUCCGAAGUGGAUACGGAGAGCAGCAAGCGAUCGCAAAUGGCCUUGCGUCUGCGUCUCCCUAGACAGAGCAAGUCACACUCGAAGAGCCACUCGACGGAGACCUGCCUUCCCAAUAGCACUGGGAACAACACUCUCCACACUGAAACAGACGGCUAUUUCUCUGACGCCGAACAGAGUGACAGUGAAUUGCGCUUGUUCAGCCGGGAGCCGUGCUUGCCCCAACUGCAUGCUGGGAAGGAGGAGGUAGUGCGGCGGAGCGUGCUUGCCUCCUAGAACCAUUUUCGGAAGCCUGUUUCUCUCCCGUUUAAUGUUUUU